AUGUCUUUCAUCGACACAGACCCUGAAAAACAGGGUAGCAAUGACAACGUUGCCAGCACGGGCUCCAGCGAGAAUGUCAUCCCCAAAGAGGCGUCGCUCCGUCCAAUUCACGGAUGGAAGUGGGCCAUUGCAUAUGCCUCAAUGAUCUCGACUACGUUUCUAUUCGCAUUGGACAAUACCAUCGUCGCCGACAUCCAACCCGUGAUUCUCGACUUAUUCGGUGAAGUUUCGCUCCUUCCAUGGAUCGGAGUUGGGUUUGCCCUCGGCACAAUGUGCGUCCUACCAUGGGGCAAGGUCUACGGAGUAUUCAACGUCAAAUACGUCUAUCUGUUCAAUAUCACACUGUUUGAAAUUGGAAGCGCAGUAUGUGGCGCGGCCCCGAAUAUGACUGCCCUCGUGGUCGGCCGUGUCAUCGCCGGGGUAGGCGGAUCGGGGAUGUACUCGGGGACGCUGAGUUUCGUGGCUAUGUUGACAUCGCUGAAGGAGCGACCAAUCUAUAUGGCUGGAAGCACCGUUAUCUGGGGGAUCGGGAGUGUCCUUGGUCCAGUGGUUGGCGGUGCGUUCGCAGAUAGUUCUGCGACAUGGCGAUGGGCCUUUUACAUCAAUCUCCCCAUCGGAGCCGUCUUCGCCCCAUCCUAUCUCCUCCUCGUCCCCAGCGUCGACCCACAGCCAUCCAAAAGCUGGGCCGAAAAAUGUCGCAUGAUAGACUGGAUCAUGACGACCAUGUUUCUUGCAGGAUCUGCCAGUCUGGUUAUGGCUAUCACUUUCGGUGGCACACUGUAUGCCUGGAGCUCCGGGAACGAGAUUGCGCUCUGGGUUGUAGCAGGCGUGCUUCUAGUCGUCUGUAUUGUCCUGGCCAAAUACCAUCCAGGCGUGUAUAAGGAUAACCGGCUCUAUCCGGCACAUUUCUUCAAACGACCUAUUCUGGUCAAUCUUCAGUUGCAGAUGUUCUUGGUUUCUGGUAUUGUGCUGGCCAUGACCUACUAUAUCCCGUUAUUCUUCCAGUUUAUACGAGUUCGUGACCUAUCCUCUUGA